AUGGUUUUAGAUAGAGAGCAUGCUCAUGUUGCUUUUGGUCUUUUUGGAAGCAUCAAUGCAUUCAUCUUGUUGCUUUCACCCUUGCCUACAUUUAUUCAUAUGUGGAAGAAGAAAUCAGUGGAGAAAUUCUCAGCAUUUCCAUACAUUGUUGCAUUCCUAAACUGUGGCCUUUGGCUUUUAUAUGGACUUCCAUGGAUUCAACAAGAAGGAAGCCUUCUUAUCAUGACCAUUAAUGGAAUUGGACUUGCCAUUGACAUGGUGUACUUGAUGCUAUUUAUGUUGUACUCUAAAAAGGAAAAAAGGAUGAAAAUUUUCCUCAUCAUCUUAAGUGAAAUUGUGUUCAUUGGUUCACUUGCCAUUCUUGUCACAACUCUUCUCCAUUGCCACAAACAAAGAACCACAAUUGUUGGUACUAUUUGCAUGGUGGCAAAUAUUUUGAUGUAUGCUUCUCCUUUGACCAUCAUGAAAUUGGUGAUACAAACCAAGAGUGUGGAGUACAUGCCCUUCUAUCUUUCCUUUUUCUCCUUUCUAUGCAGCAUAAGUUGGACUGCUUAUGCCAUCGUCCGUGUCGACUUCUACCUUCUUACAGCAAAUGUGAUGGGAGCAAUGCUGGGGCUAGCACAACUAAUGCUUUAUGCCACCUAUUACAAGUAUACUGGGAGACAGAUAGCAGAAAGACAAGCUCAAGGAAAACUGGACCUGGUUGAGAAGACAGUCUCUGGAGCGGCCCAAAAGACGAGCAACGGGGCUAGUGUUUAACUUAAUGUUUGGAAGGCCCAUAUUCUAA